UCAUCCCCUGCUCUCCUUCCUACCAACACACAAUCAUUCCUACAUCUAAACAUCUGCUUCGCCAGAAACAAUUGCAUUUCACUUCUUACAAUAGUCUGCAAACAAUAAGACUAUACUAUUAUACUAACAAACUUCAUUCCGUUUUGUUUUCUUCAUUAAAAAAUGGACUGUCCGAACUGCCAUACAACGUUAUUACAACUUCCACAUGGUGCUCAGUGCAUGCGCUGUGCCGCCCGCCGUGCAGUCACUCGCAUCGGCGGCCGGCUACAGCUACUUGCCUACAAAAACCACCACAUUGCUCAGACCUUUUCUUCCUAUGGCCGUCGUACACCUUCUAGUAAUCAACUCCCUUCGCCUUUUGGCCGAAAAAGAGCUUUGAUCAUUGGUAUUACGUAUAAAAAGACCAAGAAUGAGCUUAAGGGCUGUCUCAAUGAUGCUAAAUGUAUGAAGUAUUUGCUUGUCAAUCGAUUCAAGUUUCCUCAAGAUUCUGUUCUCAUGCUCACUGAAGAAGAAAGAGAUCCCUACAAGAUUCCAACUAAACAUAAUAUAAGAACAGCAAUGUACUGGCUUAUGCAAGGAGUUCAAGCAGGGGAUUCUCUGGUGUUCCAUUUUUCUGGUCAUGGUUUACAGCAAAGGAAUUACAAUGGCGAUGAAGUUGAUGGUUAUGACGAAACGCUUUGCCCUUUGGAUUUUAAAACACAGGGUACGAUUAUUGAUGACGAACUAAAUGCAACACUCGUUAAGCCACUUCCUCCUGGAGCGAAGCUUCAUGCCAUAAUAGAUGCUUGUCACAGUGGAACUAUGCUUGAUUUGCCGUUCCUUUGUAGAAUGGACAGUACUGGACGAUAUGUGUGGGAAGAUCAUCGUCCUCCUUCAGGAGUAUGGAAAGGAACAAGUGGUGGAGAAGUCAUAUCUUUCAGUGGUUGCGACGAUCAUCAAAAUUCUUCAGAUACAGAUAGUUUGUCUAAGGUCACUUCAACUGGUGCAAUGACUUUUUCUUUUAUCCAAGCAAUUGAACGUGGACAAGGAACAACUUAUGGGAGUAUUCUGAAUGCAAUUAGAUCUUCCAUUCACAAUUCUGGUGGUGAUGUAGGAGGCAAAAUUGUCACAUCUCUUCUCACAAUGCUUAUUAAUGGAGGAAGCAUUGGCAUUGGGAUGAGACAGGAGCCGCAGUUGACUGCUACUGAGCCAUUUGAUGUGUACACCAAACCAUUCGUGUUAUAACAUCUUUAGCAACAUUAGCUACCUCUGGUUUUCAUGUACUUUGGGUCUCCUUGCGUUUGCAGUUGUUUUAACCUCUGUAUUGCUAAAUUUCCUUCCCCUCUUUCCUUUCUUUUUCUUUGUAUCUUUCCCUCUCAAUGAACACAGUUUAAUUUGUCUUGGUAUAACUUACAGUGUUGACAGUUGACACUUUAGGAAAUGAAUUGAUUCUUGAAUCAAAAAUAGCUGUGUCAAUUGAAUGUACUGCAAUAUAUGCAGGGAGAUGAAUGUUGAAAGUACAUAUUCUGAGGCAGAAUGAUAUUUGUUAAAGAUA